UCUUUAGGCACUAUUAGGCAGGCCUUUGGCGAUCUGUCUAUUAAUCUGUGGCAACACUGAGUUAUUCCAUGUGAAGUGAACUGAUUCAACAGGUUAUGAUUAGAGUCAUGAUCGAUCGAAAUAAGUUGCGAAUUGUCGAAAUAAUUCCAAACGUAUAUACAAGAAAUUUCUUUUUGAUAUUUAAAACGAAUUGAUUCGAACAAAUUGAAGUUGGAUGAAACAUGGACCCAAGCGAGGUCGAGUUCCUCGGUGAGAAGCAACUGGUCAGCAUAGUGCCUAACUUCAAUCUGGACAUGAUUUAUCUGAUCUCGGGCACAGUUGGACCCUUUCGCGCCGGUUUACCUGUCAAAGUACCGAUUUGGCUCGCUGUAUGUCUCAAGCAGAAACAAAAGUGUCGUAUCGUCGGUCAGGAAUGGAUGAACAUUGAAAGUCUGAAUGAGAGGAAGGAGAUGGAAAAGAUGUCCAAAUUGUUUACGCAGAUGUCGAGUAAUCAUUAUAUAGACGAGUGUCAAAUUUUACUGAGUGUUGCAAAUGACGAUAUACCUGAUGCAGAUAAUAUAAGGAUAGCAGUGAAAGAUAUAUGGGAUAUAAGGAUGUCUAAAUUGCGUACAUCUGUUGAUGCUUUUAUAAAGAGCGAGGGAGUGCACGCAAGACUGGACCAUCUCACUGCAAUGGAAAUUAAUAGUAUACGUCCAUUACUGCCACAUGCAUUAGAUCAAAUGUUACGAAUACAAUCUGCAAAUACAGAAGAAACCAAUUCCCAAUAUAGCGGAAGUAUGUAAAGA